CUUGUUAAUUUCUUGUUAGGCCGUAGCGAGCCACUUUCUAAUGUGUGGAACAGAGGGACAAAAAAAAUAAAAGCGUUCUGCUAUGAUUGUGUCAGAAAACGGCCUGGGCUGCCAGAAAGCACCGCCCACCACAGCCAGUGCCUCUCACAGUGAGAGCAGGGGCCUUUUGGGGGAGCUGGAAGAGGAGAUGCUCCUCUGAGCUACGGUGAGGCCCAUGGAAGACAAAUGGAUGUUGCCAGGAGGUGGGGACACUAUUCCUAGAGAAUCCCCCCCAAGAGCACAUCGUUGCAGGAGGAGCUCAGACCUAAUGAAGGCCUAAGGGCACCUGCAGAUCUUGGCCAUGUCAAUCACAUACUGCGUGUCGUUUCUUUUCCUGAGAUCCUGCCUUGGGGUGGAAAUCACAGAAAGAAAACUUGCAGCAGAAGGAUCCUCUGUCAUGAUGCAUGCACCGGCGAUCAGCAAUGUGAACAUCACUGAGUGGGAAUACAUAGAGGGCAGCACACCCAAAUUAAUCUUGCAGUACUAUGCCAACUUGCAGUCUACAGUCAUUUACACCGCAUACAGAGGCAGAGUGGUUUUCUACCAAACGAAUGGCUCGCUUCUCCUGCAGCAGCUGCAGGAGGCAGACAGUGGCCUCUAUAAAGCAACAGUUGACCUGAUGCAGGACAGGGCUAGGACAACUAUCCUGGAAGUAAUCAAGCCCGUACCCCAGCCUGAACUCCUGAAGAGCUCAACCCUGAACUGUUCUUUCAUCAAGUUGACCUGCCUGCUGCCCAAUGGAACCGUGGCUGCUGUCUCUUGGAAGAAGGAUAGACGUUCUCUUACCCCACAAAAUUAUUAUCAGCUCACUCAGAACUCCGCUGAGUUGUGGAUAAGGAAGGGAGACAAGUCAAACUGUGGCUCCUACUCCUGCAAUGUCAGCAAUGCCGUAAGCUGGAAGGAGGCAACCUUCAACCUCAAGAUAGCAGGUCUCUCGCCUCCUCUCCGUGGUGCACUGAAGAUGACAGUGGCUGCACUGGCUCUCGCUGUCAUCACUGCCAUCAGCUUUGUCAUCUGGCUCCUGCAGCCAGGGAAGCACAGACUUGGAAAAGAAGCACGGACAUGGCUAACUCUACCCAUGAUAGGGCUGCUGGGCAUCUCAUGUCUUCUCCUGUUUGUCACCUCUGUCAUCUGGAUGCAGGAAGAAGGUCCUUCUGCUGCCUUCAUCCUGCAUGGGCUUUGCUUCCUUGCUGCAGUCAUCUUGACUAUGGUGCUGAUCGCCAUGAACUUUCAGCGCAGACCAGAAGCACUCACCCAGCCCCUACUCCAGACCUGCCAUCCUGUCAUCCUAUGCAGUACAGCCAUGACAGUGGCAGUCAACUUGUCAUUCUCCUGCCUCUUGUUCCACAACUUCCAACAGGUCCACGCAGAGCGUGGCUGCUCAGAGACUGUCAGUGUGAUUGCCAGCUGCAUCCUUGCUGUCCUGGCAGCUCUCCUGCUGCUGCUGUUCUCCCUCUGCUAUUACAAGAAGAAGAUGGAUGCCAGCACACAGACUACAAGCACCCAAGGGAAAGAAAAAGAUCGAGAACAGAGCCAAGACAAGGAGAGCAAACUGUCCCUUCAGCAUCCUGGAGAUGAUAUCACACAGGAGCCAGGCUAAAAAAAGGAUGUAAGGCACUGCAAGCUCUGUCUGCUCUCCAGCAGAGUGUGGGGCAAAAAUUCAACCAAAAUGUUUUGUUUUGUUUUGUUUUAAAAAAAAAGAGGAAAAAAAAGGAGGAAAAAAGAUACACAUUCCAGACUUAGCUGUGGACAGUUCUGAGAAGUUCUGUUCAGCUGUCCCAGCUAUGGUGUAUUGCUACUAUUUGUCAGCAUGAGAGGAGUACUGGCCCAGCCAGUACAUUUUGGCUUCAAAAGAUUCCUAUCCUGUUUUGCUUUUAGCACAGCUUCUGAGAGUUUCCAGUUCAUUAACUGCUUUCUUGUUGUCUCCUUAUAUGGUGCCUUAUAGCUACAGCUGCUUUGUAAUCAGGCCUGCAGCUCCAGCACUGCCCUGUGUGCCUUAGAGGCAGGAGUCUUUAUAUGGCUUUUAAAGCAUCCCAGACCUCAAAUGCCCUGAGCUGAUUUACAUUCCAAGGAUGCAGCCUUGUCCCACCGCAUGUCAGUGUGCAGUGGGCACUGUCUGGGCUGACACCAGGACAAGGUGAGGGCGCAGUGCAGUGCUGACACAAGUUAUGCCAAAUAAUUGUGUCAUUUUGUUACACUGGCUAAGGAUAGUUCUGUGAACAGUGAAAAAUAUGCAGCUUUGCUUUCAGUUUUGAAAAAGAAAUUUGAGAAUACGUUUCAAGAUUGCAAAAAAAUUUAUCAACUUACGUUUGAAACUCCAGUUUCAGUUGACAUAAAUUCAUUACAUGUGAAUUUUCAAAUAGAGUGUGUUGAGUUGUGAUCAGACAUUCAACUGAAAAAUCUGAUCAUGUCUCUUAACCAGAUUUUCAGAAGCCUUCUCUUACCAGGGAGAAAUACCCCUCAGUUCACAGUCAUGCCUUAUUUAUGUUACUGCUUGUUGAUAGUACACAUAUUUGUGAAAAAAUAUUAUCAAGAAGAGUGCACUUCCUUGCAUGGGAAGAGUAAAAUUUAAUCUCUGAUGAACACUUUGAGAACUCACUAAGAAUUGCAACCAUUGCCACUGAAGCAACCUCAUGCAUCAGUUUCACAAAAACUAAGUCAUAUAUCCCAUUAAUUUUGUGGUUUUAUUGCUCACUUUUUUUUACGAUGUUUUAAUUUUUAAAAAGUUAAAAUAAAUUUUGUUACUUACAUACAGUAGCUAUAUUAUAUACUUACUCUGAAAAUAAUGCCACCUAUUUUAUGAUGUUGGCCCAUGAUUUUAGAGGCAGAUGUUUGUAGGAUAGCAGUAGAAGUUGAACCUUCCCACCAGUAUUCUGUUACAUGUUGCUGUGUGACAGAUGGCAGGAGAGGGCAGUGUGACCAAAUGGUGUCUGACGUGGAAGGACAUGUGACCAAAGAUGUGGAAAAAGUGGUAACUAUGGACAUUCAGCACCUGGUAAACGUUUAUGGAGACCAACCAGUGUACGUGAGCACAGUAAGUAGGUGGAUGGUGCAUUGUGACAGUACAGUGGGUCACCUCCACUGGUGCACGUUUGGACAAGCAUGGCAUGCAGGCUUUUGUUCAUUACUGAUAAAAAAACCUAGCUAAUGGUGGUGACUAUGUUGAAAAAUAAUGCUUUCUAGCUAGUAAUUUUAUCUAUCAAAUAUUGUUUUUGUGCUCCGUUUAUCAGUUGAAGUUUCCAUGAAAAUACAUGAGAAGUACUUUUGGAUA